GGCCAAGCUGAGUGAGGCGCGAGGGAAGGAAGGAGAGGCGCUCUCCAUGUAGCCCCCUCCGCCCCUCCUCCCUCUCUCCCUCAGAGCGUCGCCAAGUCGAGGCCCGGCCUGGCGCUGAGGUAAAAGAAUCAUCAUCAUCAUCAUCAUCAUAAUUUAAAAAGAAAUACAAGGAGGAAGAGCCGCCGUGAAGGGACUUUCAGCCCGGCAGGGGGGACGAGGGAGGAGGGAUUGUGGGAGCCCCCCUGCCCGGAGGAGACGGCGGAGGAGGAGGAGAAGGCGACGGCGACGAUGGCGAUGCCGCCUUCCCGCUAACGGUGAACAUCCAUCAACGGCCUCCGCCUGUCCUGCAGGUUGAUUUAAAAAACUGAAAAUUCAGAAGAGACGUGAAAUUCUCAAAGCGAUAAAGCAAAAGACUUGCUUUUUUUCUGAAUUAAGGGCUCAGUGUGGAGCCACCAUGAGCGAUGUUACAAUUGUGAAAGAAGGUUGGGUUCAAAAAAGGGGGGAAUAUAUAAAAAAUUGGAGGCCGAGAUACUUCCUAUUGAAGACAGAUGGGUCUUUCAUCGGGUAUAAGGAGAAGCCUCAAGAUGUGGAUCUGCCAUAUCCUCUUAAUAAUUUUUCAGUAGCAAAAUGUCAGCUGAUGAAAACAGAGCGGCCGAAACCAAACACAUUUAUUAUCCGAUGUCUUCAGUGGACCACUGUGAUAGAAAGGACAUUUCACGUAGAUACACCGGAAGAACGGGAGGAAUGGACAGAAGCCAUCCAAGCAGUAGCAGACAGACUUCAGAGGCAGGAAGAAGAGAGAAUGAACUGUAGUCCAACCUCACAGAUUGAUAAUAUUGGAGAGGAGGAGAUGGAUGCUUCCACAACCCACCAUAAAAGAAAGACAAUGAAUGAUUUUGAUUACUUGAAACUGCUUGGCAAAGGCACCUUUGGCAAAGUAAUUCUGGUCAGAGAGAAGGCGAGUGGGAAAUACUAUGCUAUGAAGAUUUUGAAAAAGGAAGUUAUUAUUGCAAAGGAUGAAGUGGCUCACACACUUACAGAAAGCAGAGUAUUGAAAAAUACUAGACAUCCUUUUUUAACGUCUUUGAAGUAUUCAUUCCAGACCAAGGACCGAUUAUGUUUUGUGAUGGAAUAUGUCAAUGGAGGAGAGCUGUUUUUCCAUUUGUCGAGAGAGCGGGUGUUCUCUGAGGAUCGCACACGCUUCUAUGGUGCAGAAAUUGUUUCUGCUUUAGACUAUCUGCAUUCUGGAAAGAUUGUGUACCGUGAUCUCAAGUUAGAGAAUCUAAUGUUGGAUAAAGAUGGACACAUAAAAAUUACAGAUUUUGGACUUUGCAAAGAAGGAAUUACAGAUGCAGCUACUAUGAAAACAUUCUGUGGCACACCAGAGUAUUUGGCUCCUGAGGUUUUGGAAGAUAAUGACUAUGGUCGUGCAGUGGACUGGUGGGGACUUGGAGUUGUCAUGUACGAAAUGAUGUGUGGCAGGUUGCCGUUCUACAACCAGGAUCAUGAAAAACUUUUUGAACUAAUUCUAAUGGAGGAUAUAAAAUUUCCUCGAACACUUUCAUCUGAUGCAAAAUCACUGCUUUCAGGUCUACUGAUAAAAGAUCCAAAUAAACGUCUUGGUGGAGGACCAGAUGAUGCUAAAGAAAUUAUGCGACACAGUUUCUUUGCUGGAAUAAACUGGCAAGAUGUAUAUGAUAAAAAGCUUGUUCCUCCAUUUAAACCUCAAGUGACAUCCGAGACAGACACAAGAUAUUUUGAUGAAGAGUUUACAGCUCAAACUAUUACAAUAACACCACCUGAAAAGUAUGAUGAGGAUGGCAUGGACUGCAUGGACAAUGAAAGACGACCACAUUUCCCUCAGUUUUCCUAUUCUGCAAGUGGACGAGAAUAACUCUUUGUUUUGUUCUGCUGCUUCACAGUCAUAUUAGAUUUAUCACUAAAAUGAUUCCUGAACAUCAUCACCAGUACUUGCUAUUAUUUAGAAUAGCAGAGCACUUUCAGAGAUCAUUCCAAAUUGAACAAGUUCCUUUCCUGACCAAUCAGCCUCUUUGAUUUAUCUGCAUGACUUUUUAUAUUGGCCCAAGGUCCCCUGCUGAUACUGCUGCCCAGUGUUUCAGCAUGAAAGUAACCGUAAGAAGCAAUCCAAAAAUGUUGUGAUGUUAGAUGACAAAUUCUUAAUGGUGCAUUUUGUGCACAGCUGGCUAUCCUCUUGUCUUCUCAGAGCAGAGGCUAAAGGACAUGUUGGACUGGGAUGUAUUCCUCACUUCUUUUAGAAGACAAAUCAGAAUUCUAGUUUAAAAAAUAACCAUUUGUGAUGUUUUCUCACAUCAGUUUGAGCUGAACCGAACCUGGAGACGUAGAAGGUGGUGGUGUACAUAUGCAAAGCUUUGAUAGGCAUAUCAUCACUUGAAUCAGACUUGUCAUUAACAUCUGGAUGAAAAAAUCAGGAGGACUAAUAAUUGUUAAUAUAUAUAUAAGUAUAUAUAUAUAUAUAAAUAUAUAUAUAUAUAAUUUUUUAAUUACUGUUGGAUACUACACAAGAAGCAAAAAGGUUGGGACCACCUAGCCUUCCAUUUAGACUUCCAGAUUCAUGUGCAAUUAUGAAAAAUGGGACCUUUAAAAUACAAGAAAUUAAGGCAGAAAAGCAGCAAUUGUUGUUUGAAGGUCUUAUGAUUUCCAUCUCGCUCAUGUCUUUCUUUUUCUUUCUUGAUAUACAUCACCUCUGGAGGCUGAAGAAUGUAGUCAGGCUUGCAACAAAAUUGCUUUUCACCAAAAUUUGUAUACUAAGGUAAACAGGAGUUUGCCUUACAUGUUUUCUUUUUUUAAUUUUCAGUUUGUGAAUUAGCUUUUUUUCUCCAGGUGUUUUAACUGAAUAUUUUUGUUACAGUUUAGUAGUAUUUAUUUUUUAGUGACAACGAUUGUAUGUGUCAUGUUUGCAAAUGCUGCUACAUCCUAGAAGAGGCUUACCAUUUAUUUUGUAAUGUAUGGAAGGACUGUACAAGCUGAACAAAAUAAUGCACUUUUUCUCCCGUGUGAAUAUGUUAACAAGGCUGAAAGUGUACCAUAUGCAUUGCGUUGGGCAUCUAUAGAUGACACAUUUCCUUAUGGUCCAGAGAAAAUCCCAAAGCCAUAUAUCCAGAGGAUUUGUGCACUCUUUCUUCAAGGUGAAUGUAGGGUAGCAUCAUUGAAAGGUUCCAAGUAUGAAGUUCACAGUGAUUACAAAAAUACCUUAUUACAGUUUUCCAAACAGCAGAAUAGAUUAAUGACAAUAGCUAUUUAUAAGUGAUGUUUGAGCCCUGGCCAUAACUGACAUAGCAUUAUUAGUAAAAUGAAUUAUUUUUUUCAGAAUAUUUAUUGACCAGGAUUUCACUGAGUCCUAUUUUGUGAAUUUUUUUAAAAAAAAAGAAAGGUGAAGGAAAGCAGUUUGUAAUGCAGCCUUUGGUACUGGUAGUUGGGAUUUUCAAAAAUGAGCCAGUAUAUAUCAAGCAAUGCAUGUCAGUGGUAAUGACAUCAUCGGAUGCUACUCCAUGGGAUUAUUGUUGAAGUAUCUUGGCUUUUCAGCUCUGUAACAAACUGUGAUUUAGCUGAGUGUUAUGAUUGCUGUGUACAUGACUUUUGAAAAGAAAAUAAUAUUUACCUGCAGAUGUCUCAGCCUCUUGAUGCUGAAAAAGAUAACCCUAGGUUGAAAAUCACUGCGGGCAGUGCAACACUCUGGGGUUAUCAAGAGAUAUGUAGGCAUUUUAUUAAGGCAGCUAAGACAAACCUACACUUUCCACAAGCAAAGUAGAUUAGAUUUGAUCAUAUACUUGUACCGUAACAGGUCAUGAAUAGUGUGCAUCACUUGAGUGGAAGGAAUACAGGAUAAAACUAGAUCUGCACUUAUCAUUAGAAAUUGUGACACUUAAGUAGUCAGGAGCAAUCAGUGAAUCAGUGGCUAUACAGACGAGUGUCCCAAUAUACCAGAGGGGACCACAUGAUAUGCAAUAUUCACAGUGGUUCUCGUCCAGAAUUUCUUAAUGCAAAAAUCUCUCUGUUGGACAGGUGGGCAAUUUAGUCAGUUGUGAAUCUUCCUCACCCCUUAGUCUGGGAUAGGGCAAGAUAAAAACUCAAUGGCAUCACCACGCUCCAAAUAGAUGAUCUGCACUGAUGUCAGAGAUAGACCCUUCUGCUGUUUGUUAGAUCCAUGCCAACCAAAACUAGGACAACAUGCACUAAUUACCCUGAUGUUCGACAGCUAGUUUUUCCUCCCAUGCGACACCCUCUUGUAUAAGCAUGGAAUCUGUACAUGGAUCACCUUUGCUGGGUUGGAACAAGUAUACCUUUCUGUGACUUAGAACAUUUCUUAGAUUAGACUGCAAGUAUACAGUAGUGCUGUUUCAGCUCACUUCUGAACUUUAGAAAAUCAUUUUACAUAUAAUCAAAUGUUAAGCUGUUCUAUCCUGUGUUAGAGUACAAUUUAUAGAAGGCUGAAAAUGAAUUAUGUGCAAAACCAAGCAAAAGAUCAAUCUGGUGUUCAGUAGAAUCCCACUUUUACAUUUUGAAAAUAGUAUAAUUUUGCAUUCUAAAUUAUUAAUACUAUCAUCGUAAUGGCAAGCCUGAUAACAAUAGGUAAUUAUAACCUAUUUAUUUCAGAAUUGCUAAUAUAGUGAUUUGGAAAUAUCAUAGUUCUAACUCUAAAUUUUGAAGGCUGGGUAGCAAAACAAAGCAAAUAUUUUUAGAAUAGAGAAAUCUCUGAAAAAGAACACAUGUAGACUCAUUCUCUACAUUGUAGCUGGGUGGAUAGUUUGCCUUAUGUGGCCUCAAGUUUGCAUUUCUGGAGCCUGGGGCAUUAUGAUAAUGUACUAAGAACUGGGUCAUUAAUUAUUAUAGGAAAGACCUUUCUUCUACAAGUAUAACGUUACUGAGAAUACCAAACUUAGAGAACAGUUGUUAUUGGAACUGUUUUAAUUAUAUUGGAAAGCACUUUGUAUCCCAAAUGGGAAGACAGGCAUGAUUUUAAAUACAUAAAUACAUAACAAAAAUAUGUUGCUGUUCAAAAAAUAUAACAUGUAAGCACUAUUGCCCAGUUUUCCUAGACUUCACAGGCUUAGACAAAGAUCUUGCUGCAAAGGAAUUGUGUAUAGAGAUGAGUCCAGUGUGUCAUCAAUCUAAUGGCCAAAGCCAAUGCUUUUUAUUCCCUGCAAUUAGUGAGUAGAACUUUCCUAUCUUUUCUCAUAAAAUACUUGGUUUGUAAGUAUAAUAAUCUCAGUCUUCAUAUGAUAAAUUAUAUCAUAUGAUAGCAUAUAUCACUUCCAGCUAUUCCUGGCACCUUUAAUUUUUUUCAGAUGCAGAAGGAGAUGACUUCCAAGAAGUGCUCAACUUUGAGAUUACAUCUUAUCCUUAAAGGACAUAGUCUUGGCAAUGCAUUAUCAAUUAGUGGUUUGGGAGUUAUACAGUCUGACCUCGGUAUCCAUGGGAAAUUGGUUUCAGUAUCCUGCACUGACUUUGCUUUUUCUGCAUGGCAGGGGGUUGGAUUAGAUGGCCCACUUGGUCUCUUCCAGCUCUAUUAUUCUAUGAUUAUGAACUAAAAGUCCGUGAAUGCUCAGUCAGCAACACAGCUCCUUCAGCCUGUGUUACUGUUAGAAUAUUUUUGAUCCGCGGUUGAAUAAAUUAGCAGUAUGGAACCCAUGGAUACAGAAGGAAUUGAGCUCACCAGUGACACAAAUGCAACCUUCUAAUAGGCUUGGACAGCACUUCACAAAAAGCCCUAAAAUACCUGUGCAUUGUGAAAAAAAGUAACUCAGUAAAACUAACUCAGUAACGCCGAUCUUUGUAGCAUAGAUGUGAUACAAAAUAAUUUUAUAAGUCUCUUCUGUGGAAUGAUGACAUUCAGCUAAACAGUACAGGACAUGCUGUUUGCUCACCCCUGUGGGAUGUUAUUGUAACAUCAGAGCUGUUUACAUGGAAUCAAAUAAUUUUGAACUGAACCGAUGCAAUGUUGUAUAGACUUUCCAUGUGUUUUCAAUGUAUACCUUUCUUUCUAAAUGCAACAUAGCAAGAAUCCUAGGUAAAACAUUUUCCUUGUAACCUCAGAAUGGAAAUUGUGGAUGAAUUUUGGCAGGCAGGCAUUGUGUUUGGUUUGCCAACUAUUUGUACCUCUGUUGAACAUAUCUGUGAUAGCUAUAUUACAUAGCCUCUUACUCCUUGUUGAUACAAGCAUAUACUUCCCCUUUAAAAUCUGUUUUCAUAUGUCAACACAGGGAAAUUGUACUUUCCCCAAAUCUCAUGAAGAACAACAUGUCAGUUCUGGGCACAAACUGGAGGCUAAAAUAUCAUCAGGAUUUUCUGCAGUAGCCUCUGCUAUCUUUCAUCUUGACUUGCUUUGUAACAUGUUCUCCAGACAAAGAGGUCUUAAGUUCCCCACUUGACCUAGUUCUCAAUACAUUAUUAUAAUAUUGACUAUGUGGAGGACGAGAUGUAUGCCAUGUGUGUGCUUCUGCUGGCACAUAGGAACAACACCCCACUAUCACCAUAGAAAAGGGGCUGAUAUCAAAGAAGUCUUAUGGCUGUUUCUUUCAGUGACCAAUGUCCCCACAGAAUUAUAUGCAUCCUCAGGUGUUCUAGCAUUUGAAACAAAUAACUUUUGUCAUGUGCAGAAUAUAUAUAUUAGGGGCAAUUAAAAGUAACGGGGAAAAUGUUUAAAAUUAACCCCAUUGCGCUGUGUUGUUACUGAUACUGAAUUGUAUGCAAUGUUAACUGAGAGAACAAGUGGUGUCCCAUGUCUCCUCCCUAUGACUUUCCCAAUGAUGUAACUAGAAAUAUGGUGGACAAGUGGAUGUUUUUUUCCCCUUACAAUGCACUGGAUCCAAAGGGCUCUUUCCAUUGGAAGAACUGCUUCGAAUGGUGAAAUUAGCAGAAGGGCAGCUCACUGUGCAUCCUCAUAAUGCACCUGAUAUGGAAAGCACUGAAGAAAAAUAAUAAUAGGAAGGCUAUAUUUGGGAGGAAAGUCUCAUCAUACUAGUGGGAGCUUGAUAAUGCAAUGUAGGGUGUAACCUUGUAUAACUCAUGCUACUAGCUUUAUGAGUAGAAAACCUUGGCUUGUUAUUUGUUAUGUCAGCAGCAUUUAAUUCUGCAUUUUUGCCCAUAGAACAUGGUUGCUUUGAUGACAAAGCAAUACUACAUUUGAGCUCAAUCCAUCCAAAAAUGGACCUUUAGUAGGUAUUUCAAAGUCAUAUCCCAAAUAUAUCUUAAGAAGUGUAAAUAAAGCUGAGAGAUAUUGAUUUUCUCUGCUUUCUCACAGCUUCCUCUGAGUUUGGCUAGACUCUGAAAUGAGAUUUUAAUGACAUUGUACAUUUCAGACUUGUUGACUCCAGCUUGUACUGUCUUCCAGGACAUAAUGUGUGCCCUCUUGUACUGCAGCCAUCUUAAGGGAAAAAAGGUCAUUCCUGUUUAUAUUUGGGCAGUUUUGCACACAGCUUUUGCUUUCAACCCUAACUAUUCUUCCAACACAGUUCUGCUAACUACAAAGCAUCGGUUCCAGUAUUGUUUUAUAUCUUUUCCAACUUUCUUUGCUUGCUUUUGAAGCUGGCAGUUCUUGCACGGGCCAUGUGCUUCUCCUAGAGUACAAAUGUAAGGUUUUCCUUACUAACUGCAGGGUCUCUAUAUUACACCUCAAUGUACACACUUUGCUGCUACUGUUUGUACUGUCUACAGUAGAAUUUCCUUAUCUUGCUCCUGGUAGUGCAUUACAGGCAAGCAUGAAAUGUAAAGUAUUUAUUUAAAUAAAAACUCUAAAUUGGUAAUUGCAUUACCUCCCUGUAGCUUUAGAGUUUGUGAGAUUUCUUGACCUUACUAGUUCUUUCAUUAGACCCAUGACAGAUCUAUUCAUAUGGUUAAGGCCAUUAAGCAGACAGGACUACAGAUCCAAGGAACCGUAUUACUGUUGGUCAUACUUAAAACUGUUGAUUUCCUAAGUUUAUGACCCACAAGGAUGUGAAAUAACUACAACCGUUUUUGUACACUGUACAUCCUUUGUAUUUUUACACAUAUAUGAUAGGGAUGCACAUUAUUUUCCUUCGUACAGACAGCUUAAAUAAAGCACUAUGUCAAUCUGCUA